AUUGACCUCAGUUGUUUAUAUUGAUAUGUGUGCAUGUCUUUAACCGUAAUAAUGGAUGUAAAUAGGUUUUAAAAAGAUAAUAUUUUAGAGUGUGCGCAAUGUUUGGAUACAUGUGUGUUUAAACGAUAUCAAAUAAGUGUUUAAACGUAUCAUUCUAUUAAGAAGAUCUGACUUAAACAAGGAAGUAAUUUACAUCUGAAUAUAGUGCAGGUUGUUUUAGUGAUAUUAUUGGUUUCGUGACAGAUGUUCUCAUAUGAAUAUAUUGUGACAACAAUAAAAUCAUAAAUUUACACAAAAACAUCACUAAUAUCGCUCUUGCCCAUUAAAGGACGUUCAAGUAUUGUUCACUAUAUCUUCACCAUAGCUGCAUUAACAGAUAACAUGGCAUCAAAGCAGAAUCAGUGUGAAAUAUGCUUUAAGGAAAACGCAGUUGGACAUUGCGAAACCUGCGGAGAUGUUGGAGAAAAUUGUGUAGAUAUUCACAAAAAAGGAAAGGUGUUUCAAACUCACACUGUCGUGUUGUAUGAGGCUGUAAAAAUGCAUGAGGAUGGUGGAGAUAAAACAAAUAUAUUUAUGCGGGACAUCACAGAAGAAAAAUGUAAGCAGCAUCCGACAGAGAGAGCUAUUUUUCUUUGUAAUGUGCAUGAGUCCAUGAUAUGUGGCCGAUGCCUUCAUUCGGAACAUAUUCCUUGUGUAAAAGAAGUUGUUGACUUGUUGAAGGAAGGAAUUACCAUUGACUGCGAGAAAGUCAACACAAUGAAAUCAUUGUUGAUGGAGGUAAAAGACGAAAUUCUUCUUUUGAAAAAUGAGGCAGAACAAAGCAAGGACAACUACAAGAAAACUGCAGAUAAAUGUGUGCAAGAUUGUAUGGAGUUAGGUAAUACAAUUAAACGACGGGUAGAUGAACUAACAAGUGGCAUUAGAGACGGGAUAACAGACAAACAUAACGAAAACUUGACCAUUCAUUCCCAUAUUACUAAACUGUGUGAUGAGAAAACCAAGUGGUGUGACGAUGAGGACAGUAAAAUUGACAAUUUUGUUGACAAUAAUUUGGCUGGGCAUUUGUACCUAAUGAGCAGACAUUUUGAGAAAGAAGCUUCGGAUGUCAGAUCCCACCUGAAAGAAAUGAAACACAAACAUACUUUUAAAGGUUUCGACUUCAAAGAAAACAAUGUUAUUCUUAAAUGCCUGUUUGAGGAUUUGGAUGAAGUUUGUGAACAACAAGACGAAGUUACUGGGAGCGACGAUGGAAAUGCCAACGAUGUUUUCGCAUCUACCCCGAAAAUAAACAAGACCCGGCGAGAGCUCACUGUACUCUUGAAUCAGGCCAAAGACGAAUUAGAUAACUCAGAAAAGACAAGAAAGCAGUUCGAGCAAAAGUUACUGAAAGCGAAACAGGACAUAGAGAAAUCUGAAAACACACAGAAGGAACUGCAUGAUGAGCUGAAACGAGUGAAAGAAGAACUAUAUCAUUCAGGAAAGGGAAGGGGAGUUGUCAAGGCACAACUUUCACCCAUGCAAGACUAUAUCACGUGGACUCAACCAACUGGAACAGUUGAUGUCAAGAAAACCCUUGAUGAAUACGGUUGCCAUAUAAUUCACUUGGUUUUUACUUUCCCGGAUGGCAUUCAGACGACGCACCAUCCGUCCCCGGGAAAACCGUAUAAAGGCGGCACGUUCACAGGACACUUGAGAAGAGACCCUGAGGGCGAGCUGAUAUGUAGGAUGUUAAAGGCGGCAUUCAGGAGAGGGUUGAUGUUCAACUUGAGGAAGGAAGGGAAAGUUGACCUGGAUGGCAUCUCAUUGUAUAAUGGUGCAGUGUUUUACGGAGAAUGGGAGGUAUACGAUGCAUACACACAGACAUUGAAAGCGGAGCUGUCAGCCAAAGGUAUCACAGCGGCGAAUAUAGAGCAGACGGAGGAGCUGUACGAGACAUUGACAGUUGACGGUCGGUAACUUGCAUUAGUGUUAUGUUGUCGAAACACCCACUGCAAAGGAUUAUGGCAUAUAUUAAAAAGGUGCAUGUUGUUAUUGUAUAUAGAUUGUGUAUAACAUGAUAUGCCAAUCUAGAAUCGAUCUCCCAAAAAUCGAAAUUGCUUUUGUGCAUUUAGUGAACUUUGUUUUGAAAUGCUUGUCGAAAAGAGGGAGAGUUGAUUUAAAACUGAGCUCUUCGUUACGGCAUCGAUUUCUUUCUAUUAAAUGUUUUGUCAUGUUUACAUCAGAUAUACAAAUAAUUAUUACUUUACUACCAACUAUAUGAGUCUUUUUAUGAAAACUUAAUCGAACUUUUUUUUUUAUUAAAUAUCAUCUUUAAGAAAUUGAAUCAAUAUAUGUAAUAUAUGUAAUCUAUACGUUUUUGGCAAUUUGCAUGUAAGCUUUUAUUAUAAAAUGUAUUAAAAUUAGUCAGAUUGUGACAGUAUUUUGUUCAUCUAGACAAUUUUGUUUUUCAAUGUCUCAAUAUUGUAUAAUUGAUGUAGUAGCUUAGCUUUCAUAUCGUUUUAUAUUUUAGAGAAUUAAAUGUGAUAUCCAGUAACAUGAUGAGUAUUUCUAUAUGUAUAUAUAUAUAUAUAUUUUACUUUAAGCAUUGUAGUACAUUAAAUAUGGUUAAUUAUUUCAAGUUCAAAUGUGCUCGAAGCUGCGCUGAGUUAUAGUAUGCAACAUAAGCGGAAUUUACAGACGAAAAAAUAAUGGAGACGAAUGUAAAACUUAAAUAUUGAAAACAAACGUUCAUGGUCGUCUGUCUAUUGUCCAUGGUCGUCUGUGGAUAAAUUUAUUAUCAAAGUAUAAUUGUUAAAAAUAUUUAACGUAUUGUAAUGUUUAAAACGUGUUAUAAAGGAUGUUUUAGGGAGAUGUUUAUCUAAAGAUGUUCCAAAAUUAAAUCAGAUAAUAUUUAUUGUUUUAAAUCGAAAUUACAAUUUAUUACUCUUGAUGAUUUUUUUUUGUCAUUAAAUAUACUUUCAGAUAAGUAAUAUUCCAUAAGAUGAUACACAUGGAAGCCAUAUGUCAGACAUAUUGGCUAAGCGUGAACCAUGUUGAUAAUGUUAAUCGUCAUAUAUCAUUUAUUUUGAUCACAUUUUGUUCAUACUGUAUUUUAUUAGUUCAAAUGUGCUUUGUUAAUGUAAUUAAUUUUAAUAACAUUGUCAAUCCACUAUAUGUACUUCUUAGACAUUUUAGACACUUGUUUUGUGUGGCUGUUUUAGGAUGCUCUGUUGUCUGUCCCUCGUUAAAUGUCAGUUAGAAAUGACCAGUUUGCAUCUAAGUCAUAAAAAUAUUUUAUAUAUUAUUUUUUCCGGGUCCAGAUAGAAAAAUGCGAACCGAGGACCCACUAGUGAGCUGGUUUCGAGGCUCCACUCAGCGUUUUUAUCAGUGCGAGUAAAACAUUAUAUAUAUAUAUAUAUAUAUAUUAUAUUUCUUAUAUACCUACAAUUACCAAUGUGUGGAAAAACAGACGUAGAUAACUCAUGUGUGUAAACGUUUACCAAAAAAGCGCGAGUGCUGUUGCUUACUGAAAUGAUGCCGUGUAGUGAUUUCGGAACACUUUUCACGUAAAAAUAGUUCCAAAAGUGCGUUAGUGAGGAUAAUCUAUUUCCUUUUUUAAUUAUAAGUCUUUCUUAAUAUAUAUGAAAAUGUGCUUCAUUGAAAACAGUGUGUACUUUUCAUUAAACUUUAAAUAAAAUAAAAGAAGUCUGAUACCUACCCAUAUAUAGAAGAUAUAAUUAAACACAACUAUAUCGUAUAGGUUUAUAUUGUUCUGAUAAGAAUGCUCACAUUUUAAUAAAGCAGCAAUAAACGGUCAUGAAACAGAUUAAAACAUGCAAUCCUUUAUCUGUAGCAUUGUUCAAAGUUACAAUACAACAUACUUAAAUCAUCCUCAACAACAUUAUAACAUCGCACCAUAGCGAAAUCUAUGGAUCUUCAAAUAAACAAAUAUCAAGCUUAUCAUCUGUUUAAAAUUCAGUAAAAAAUGAAACGCUUUUUUCCUUUGGGGUUAAGCCAAUCUUUUGACCUUACCGAACUCGUACAUAAUGUGCGAAUUUGUUUUAUUUACGUUAGCAUUCGGUUGAAGAAAGAUACGAUUUAAUACCCUACCGAGUCAUAAAAUGUUUCGAGGUUUUUUGUACCAAUAACGCCCUUGACAGGCGCUUGGUAUUAUUAUGUUUAUUUAAAGAUGCACCAUUGCUACCGAAUACAAUUUACCACAACUAAUACUAUUGUUUUUUUAUAUACUGAAAAUGAUGAAUUUUGUCGUUCUUUAGAAGGACACCGAGUUUAAUUUGAAAGAACGUAGCAGAAAACCCGAUAUUUCUCAUGAGACGAUGGUAGAUCAUACUUCAUCUUUUAGCACUCACCAUCAUUUAUUUGUUUGUUUGCGUUUUCAGCUAUUUAAUACAUGGUUGCAAUCAUGUUAUCAGUAAUUAUUAUUAUCCAUCAAUGCAGUAUUUGGUAAGUAUUUAAAGGUUUAUCACUCAUGUUUGUUAUACACGUGAAUGUAUUAAAUUUGAAUAAGAGUGUCACUUUAAGUCAACUGUGAGGUUGUGUGCAUACAGGUAAACCCUUAAAUAGUUUAUCUCUCAUUGACCGUUUUAUGGCGGUAAUCGUAACUGGUAUAAAUAAAUAUUUUUUCAUGCCUCUUUGUUCCAACUGUGUUGUUUGUGUAUUUUGGGUCCUAGCGUUUUGCAACUAAAGACAAUUGUUACUUAAAUGUUUGACUACCGGGCUUGACCAUGCAGUUUUCAUUGUAUUUGAAAAAAUGAUCAAAAUGCAUUUUGUACUUAGUACAACCCGCAGUAGUCACACACUGAAUACAAAUUUGUAGAUAAGAUACGUCACAGCUUAGAGCGAUAUUAGUUCUUACAUUUUCAGCGAUAUUCUGUGGAGCAAUGUGUUUUUAUGUAAAAUAAAUCAUUAAAACUUAGAGCAAUACAGGUAUUAACAUGCAUAUCACUUGUAACCGUUAGUGCAUACGUCAAUUAUCUAGGUAAUGAUAUUUUUUACAUUCGCACACCUAUAUCGUUUAAUUUUAGGUGUACUAUACCUUUAUCAUCUACGACCAAUCAUAGUACUGCAAUAAACAGUUUGGAAGUGAUACUAGUAAAUGAUUGUGAGGUAAAUGUAAUACAAACGUGAUAAACUGUGUUAAACAAACAAAAGUACUGCUAUGCAGUUUAAUACGAUAUAAAUGAAUUGUAUAUACACGAAAGUUUCAUGUAAAAUCUUAUAUUGUCGUAUUCUAUCUUACAAUGAAUAUUUUUGUUUUGAAAGCGCUGCAAGUAUCCAUUGCAAUCGUAUAAUAUCAUGCUUUUGUAUUCAAUGUAUGUAGCCGUAUCAUACUACAAUCUCUGAAUGUUAAAAAUUGUCAUACUUGUAUUAGUCGAUAUCAUAUAUGUAUUUUAAAUUAACAUAUUAAUCGGAAAAUAAAGACGGACAUAUAAUGCA